GAUAUAGUGAUUUUGAUUGAUUGUGAUUUUGCUAUUGCUUUUCAGUAAGCCCCUUUUUGGAGCUCCGCCACCAUUGUUGUGAUUUCGUCAACUACGUAGUGCCUUUCGGGUGGUGGAGUUGCGACGCAAACGGCCACAGGAGACAACAACGUUGAACAGAUCGCAGCAGCUGCGAUAGAAAAUCGGCUACGAUGAAGAUGGACGAAUUUCGACACUUGCCGCUCUGUUGGCUGGCGCUUGUAGUGCUAUUUCAGAGCCAAUUCGCUGCAACCGCGAAAGUGCCUAUUUCUAGAAAGUAUCUGCAGAGUGACAUACUCGAGCCUGGAAGCGGUUCGGCCACAGGAGCGCCUGCAACGAAAAACGAAACAAGUAGUUGGGCCGAUGGAUUCACAGCAGCUCGUCCGGUUAUGCCGUUAAAUGAGAACAAGUUGAGCCCGGCUAAGCUUAAACUGCAGAAUGAAAAUAUGAACGUUAAAAAACUGCAAACACCGCCGGUAGAAACGAUUAGUGUUAGCGGAAUGCAAGAGGGGCACUUGCUUGGAGUCAAUGGAACUGGCCAGCGGAAGGAUUAUUCGAAUGUCAGCAGUACAAUUGGGCCCAUUGUCGGAGGAGUGCUGAAGCAGGGAGUUGAAACUACCACGCUUUCGGAUCAGGGCGUAGUGACGGGGAGUACCGAUGAGAGCUCGUCAGUGGCGGGCUUGAAAGGUUUUGCUCCUGAUCUUUCAACGAAAAACCCGCUGAGCGAUGCCAUUAAUUCGUCGGAACAGUCCGAGGCAGAACUAAACAGCACACUAAAGGAGCAUAACAUUACCAAAUCGUUUGAAGAUAAUCAUCUGUAUUACAAAAGUAUGUGGUCGAGCGAUGUCAAAAUGAGUGAAGAAUUCUGGAAAAAGAUAACAGCCAAUCUGACUGUUAACAGAUUGCUUUCGAACUCUCAUCGACGGGCUACGACCAUGCUGCUGUCUUUCGAUUUUCCGUACUAUGGAUUCCCCAUCCGAAAUAUUACGAUUGCUAGUGGAGGUUUCUUGUACACCGGCGAUUACGUCCAUUCGUGGUUAGCUUCAACCCAGUACAUUGCGCCACUGAUGGCCAAUUUCGACACCUCUGUGUCUGAGCAAUCGUUUGUUAAAUACAAUGAUGACGGCGAAACGUUCACAGUGGUUUGGGAGAAUGUUAUCCUGCAAGACCGUCCAAAUAAUGGUUCAUUCACCUUCAGUGUCACACUGAACAAAUCAGGAGACAUUGUGUUCGCGUACAAGAAAAUUCCCAUCAAUAUUCAGCAAAUCAUCGACAACCCUUCUACGAAGCAUCCGGUCAAGAUUGGAUUAUCGGAUGCUUACAUUAUCGAUAAAACGAUUAUACGCACGAAACAGAAAACUAUUUAUGAAUAUCAUCGGGUGAACUUUGGCCAAAGUGAGGUGCAAAAUGGAACGGUUAUAACUCUCACAGCGCUACCGACAUGUUUCUCCUUCAAGGAUUGUGACUCUUGCAUUACACAUGAAGGCGCAGACUUCAAGUGCCUGUGGUGUCCAACAAUUAAUCGUUGCUCGACCGGUACUGAUCGAAAGCGUCAAGAUUGGGUACAGAAAGGUUGCGACAAGACUACCAUUUCCGAACUUUCGUACUGUCCUGCAAUUGGUCAAAAGGGCAACAACUACGGAGAGCCGGUAGAAGUGACCCCAAAAUUAACAGACAAUUACAACAACAGCUACAGCAUAAAUGAUCGUAAGCAAUUGCCUGGCAAAGUGGUGGCUCCUGGAUCCGUCCUUGCUGGAAUAUUGACUAAAGGAACUCCAAACGGAGCCGCCGACGAUAGUGACAGUGUAAACAAAGUGCACGCUUAUCACACCGAUCUGCACGAUGCCUCUUCGAGUAGCAAUCUGAUAGUGUCGAUGCUGAUCGUUUUUCUAAUACUGUUUGCUUGCGCUAGUUGGGUUAUGUAUGCCUAUCGAAACCCGCACACCAAAAGUGGACAACUUCUAAUAAGGAUUGCAAAGGCGAAAAAGUACCGACCUAAUAAGUGGUCCUGGCGACGCGGAGAGGCCAGAUACACUGCCGCAACCAUCCAUAUGUGAAUUCACAAUGAGUACUCAACAAUCCGUCCAAGACAUUGUAAUCUUCUCUACGUAAUUAUAUCGCUGAGUCAACCGCUUUUAUAUCAUCCGUGUGCAAUACGUCGCAAGAGGAACGGUUGGUACCACCCUAUCUUUAUCCAAUAAUUGACAUUGACAGCCAGUUUUAAAUAAUCGGUUGUUCCCUUGCUGAUGAUAUUUAAGUACAGGGUCGCUGAAAAGAACGACGAUCAUGAACGAUUCUAUACGAUUCUUGUUGAAAACAUUGCAAAAUGCAAGAUUUGCCGGAGUUAAUAGUGGCCGAGGGAGUGCUGAAUAAUAUUUAAAAGCUUGCACCUAUGUGAUGGUUCGAAGGUGCGCCUAGAAGUAAAAAGGAAGAAAGCGUUAAUAAAAAAAAACAAACGGAAUUGGAUCAUUUAAAGACAAACAAACAUAAAAGUAGAGUAAAAGCAGGAUUGAAAAAGUUUAAAGAGACAGCUAAAAUUAGGUGAAUCGAAUGAACCGGUUAUACUUAACCACCCAAGCGAAUCGCAUAGCUGGAAAGUGUAGUUUGCAGAGAAAAUGUACUCAUCCAGAAAAUUACUAUGACGCAUAAUAUUUUUAUUUCCGCACACUUAGUAUUUAAAUAUUCCCAUUUUUUGUAUUGAAUUUUGUUCAACCAGCUUAUAUAGAAUUCGAUUUGUCACGUUUCCCCUGUCAACAGAAUAUUGAAUAUAAUUUUGUUUAAAAUUG